CAGACGCAAUGAAAAUAAAUAAAUAUCAUUUGUAAUAUCAACGCAGUUGCGAUGGAAUUCCUGCUGGCACAAGUCGUUGGUGACGAUGUCGUACCACUGCCAGAAGAUGAAACGCGUGUGCAGAAGUUUUACGCCGGUAAAACACUGCUUGUUACGGGUGGUACGGGUUCAGUGGGGAAGUUGCUAGUUGCGAAAAUAUUGAAGUUUUGCCCGCUUGUUGAAAGGAUUUAUUUGAUUGUGCGCGCGAAGAAUCUUAAUCAGAUGGGACAUAGACAAGAAGAGCUGUUUAACCAUCCAGCUUUCGACAACAUCCGCCGUUCCUCCCCGCAAUUCCUCUCAAAAAUUACAAUCAUUCGCGGUGAAUUAUGUCUACCAAAUUUGGGCAUAAGUGAAGCUGAUUCCCUUAAACUAAUAGAAGACACCGAGAUAGUUUUCCACCUGGGUAGUACGACCCUGUUCGAUGAAAACUUCAAGACAUCAGCCGAAGUGAACGUGCGUGCGACGCGCGAUCUACUCAAUUUGGCGAAACGCAUGCGGAAGUUGAAAGUUUUCGUGCAUGCGUCGACACUUUUCGCUAACUGCGGGAAAAAUAUGUUGGAAGAGACUUUCGAGCGGCCCUUCAUAUCAGCUGGCGCACUAAUGGAAUUUCUAGAUUCAAUGGAUCCAAAUGUACACUAUCAGAAACCAAUAAAUCUUGGUGACCUACCGAAUAAUUUUGUUUUUACUAAGUCAAUUGCUGAGGAAUUGAUUAAGAAUGAAAACAAGACUCUUCCAGUGGUGAUUGUAAGACUUCCACUUUUAAUACCCAGUUAUCGAUAUCCUUGCCGUGGAUAUACUGAUACUGUGAACAGUUUAGUGGGUUUAUCAAUGACAACCUACAUAGGAUUGAAUAAAUCCAUUCUGGCGAAAAAAGAUAUGACUGCUGAAGUGUUUCCUAUUGAUAUGGCUGCCAAUGCUAUGAUUAGUAUUGCUUGGGACACUGCUCAAUCAAGAGCUUUAAAUGACAACGUAGAGGUACCAAUCGAAGACCAACUGAUGAUCUACAAUCUAACAACAUCCAAAUGCAACACACUACCCUGGAAACUAUUCUUUGGCCUUAGCAACAAAUUUAUGUACCGCUAUCCAACAAUUUUCACGCUCUCCUUCCCAUGGAGCAUCUUACACGCGCAAAAAAACUGGCACUUCCUCUUAAUAACCCUUCUGCACUACAUCCCUGGGUACUUUAUCGAUUUUUGCACCCUAUAUCUCUUUUACAAGACAAAAUAUAUCGGAUACUAUACGAAAAUCGAUAUGUUAUCACGCAUUCUUACGUAUUUCACCACAAAAUCGUGGAAUGUACGCGAUGGCAACGUGCGACGCCUGAUACGCCGCAUGGACGAAGAUGAUAAAGAGAUAUUCGAUUUUGACGCGGGCAGGAUCGACUGGGAGUCUUAUUUCGAAUACUAUAUCCUGGGAAUUCGAAAGUUUAUUCUUAAAGAUAACGAAGAUACGAUACAAGUGGCGCGAAAACGCAAUUUAAGACGACUUAUUGUUUUAAUUUCGAAAAUUUUUAUGUUCGGGGUUUUGGUUUUGGUAUAUACUUUGUAUAUGUGAUCAGAAUAUUAAUGAUAAUUAUUUGGUGGAGAGAAUUUAAUUAUUUCAAUUAGUUUUGAAGAUAUUGCAAAUUUUAAGAAAAUUUUACAUUUUGGAAGAAAAUUGUUAAUAACUAAUUGAUAAAUAACGAUAAAAUAAUUACAAAAAUAUAUGUUUAUAGAGAAUUAAAUUGUCUUUAAGCUAGUAAAAACAAAACAAAAAAAUAUUAAUUAUUUCAAAAGUUAUAAACAAUCAAAGUCAAAACUUAAACUUUUUCUGAUUAAAAAAAUGUAAUUUUUACUAAAUUAAUAAAUAAAUAAUACUUCUAACAAUAAA